UUACUCUAUUGCUUCUCACCUGUAAUUAAUUAACAUUAGUAACAGGUGUCUCACUAUUAUUAAAUUUCAUUCUUUUUCCUCAUUUUGUUCUUACAAAGAUUUUCCAUGGAUAAUGAAGAAGACUUUGACAUAAUUCGUUGUUUCCAACACUGUUCGAAUAAAACAAAUAUAUUUUAUUGUCGUCAAUUACCAACAACAUGUCCACUCUGUAGCGGUGAUGUUAUCAACAGCGACAGUCUUCUACCUCCCUAUCGUAUCGAAUCCCCUUUUAUAGAUGCUGUCCGUUUGCCUUUUGCUGUCGUCGUUAAACCUACCCAGGGUACAUUUCUUCAGGAUUACCAGAAUGCUGCCAACCUCCAUAUCGGUGUGACGAACUCACAAGGUGUUGUAUAUGAAUACGAUGAAAACGGCAUCACAAUCGGGUCGAUCUCCUGGACAUGCUGUAUUGCUGUUUCUUUCAGUGACCUGUUGACCAACAGACUCUUCGAAACAGAAUGGGAUGGUCAGCUUGCCCGAUAUUCACAAGACCUCACCUGGGUACCACAAAGAUAUCAUGAAGAAGACCAUAACUGCUUCAGUUUUGUAACGAGUUUCCUGAAAUUAAACGGCGUUUUGCCAGCCGAUGUUUCAAAACAACAUUUCCUCACACAGUUCCUAAUUAAACAUACGACCAAAGGCAGCAAAUACAUCUCCUUGUACCGACAAAUUGUAACUGAAGGAUACUUAUGCCAACCAGCACAAGCAAUCUGAACCAAGGUCACAGGUGUCUGUUAUUGUCUUCUCAUUGGUUGCAUUGUUCUCCCCCCCCCCCAACAGAGCAGGGUCCUAGUUGCUUGUAUGAGUGUGUGUCAUCAUCAUCAUUUAACGUCUGUUUUCCAUGCUGGAAUGGGUUGGAUGGUUCAACAGGAAUUGGCAAGUCAGAAGACUGCACCAAUCCCUCUCGUCUACUUUGGUAUGGCUUCUAUGGCUCUGACCUUCCUAAUGCCAACCACUUUACAGAGUGGACUGGGUGCUUUUUAUGUGGCACCAGCAGUAGAGAGGUCACCAACCCCUUAACUGAGAUGAGGGAGUAGUAUUGGGGGACUGAGAAAGGAGUUUUGCAUUAGAGGGGAAACAAGGUACAUGGAGCUGUAUGAAGUGGAGCAGGGAUUGGAGAGGGUGAGUGGGUGGAUAAGCUUAUGAGAUUACAAAAGGAGAGCGGGAGAGCAUGUAAUGAGCAGGUAUGGGUAAAGGGAGGGGAUCCAGUGGGAGGACAUAUUGUACAUAAAUAUACUGGGAUGCAACAAUUAAGGCCUGCUGUUUGGGGUUGGUGAUUUGGGUUGACUGGAAUUUCAACCUGUUUUGGUGACAUUCUGGUUCUGGUGGUGGCAAACACACACAAACGCAUGCACUCACACCUAUACUUAUGAAGACAGAGUGACUAGGAUUAGGGUCCUACCAGCCUAGUCUGUGACUCUUCUUAAAAGGGGACACUGAAAACUAGUCUUGAUAUUGUGUCAUUGUUUGCACCCAUGUCACAUUCAGUGUCUUGUCCACUCUGCCCUGUGUCCCAAGGGAAUACCCAUAUUCACAUGACACGGAAGUGCAAUUACAGAUUUCACCCUUGCCCAGGUAUUCACUGAGGACCCCAAACCUGAAGCUCUUAGCAAAGCAAUGAGGGAACAAACAGACUGUAAAAUGACCCCUUCAUCUCCUCUUUAGGAUAUUAUUUCUACAGCAAUAACAAGUAAUGUGCAUUUAAGGCCAUUUCCCUGCUGGCCGUCUUCUCCAUUCGCCCUUUCCUCUCUCUCCACUCACUAACCCGCUUACUCUUCUUUCCUCCCCUACCAUCUUCAGCCAUGUCUUUCUUACUUUUCUCCUAUUUCUUUCCACGUUGAUUUCCGUUACCCCUUCCAUCUUUUCUCAACACACGAUUCAACCGUUCCAUCUCAUUUCUCUUCGCUGUAUUCUUGAUUGCCUCUGUAUCCAUAAUUCUCAGCAGCCGUUCUACAGCAAAUGACGUAUUUUUUAUCUACCAAUUAACCCAUGUAAUAAUAACUUUAAUAUUUUAUUUUAAAUUUCAUUCAAAAUAAAUAAAUUUUUAAAUAAAUCA